AUGCAUCAUUUAUCUCAACAGUCAACUAUAAUUGGUCUAUCAACAGUUGCGGGUUGGGGACUAUUUAUGCGAGAAGAAGCCAGAAAGAGCGAGUACAUUGGUGAAUACCUUGGUGAAAUUAUAUCACAUGCAGAAGCUGAUCGACGAGGAAAAAUUUAUGAUAAACGUCGUAGUAGUUUCUUGUUUAACCUGAACAUAGACACAGUAAUUGAUGCCACUAGAAAAGGCAAUAAAUUAAGAUUCAUAAACCAUUCAAAUUCGCCUAAUACAAAUUGCCGUGUGGUUAUGGCAAAUGGAGAACAUCAUAUUGCUAUCUAUGCUGCUCAACUUAUAAAACCCGGCGAAGAAUUGUUUUAUGAUUACCAAUAUGAUGGUCACGCUCUAGAGUUUUGGAAUGAUGAAGAAAUUACAUUAUUCAAUAAAUUACGUGAAGUGUUUGGUACUAAAAGUUAUUGUACAUUAGCCACUAUAAUCAAAUCUAAGCUUUGUAAAGAGGUUUAUCAAAGAUCACAAUUUGUUGGUAACAUUAUUGCAAGCAAUGAUGAAGAGCCAAGAAUAAUUAAUAAAAAAGCAUCAAAAAGAGCAGUAAUAAUUGAGAAUGAUGCCUGGUGA